GAUAGAGAGAGAAGUGUACGUACCAAAGAUGUCGAAGGCAGAGGUUAUUCUUUUGGACUGUUGGAUUAGCCCUUUCUGCAUGAGGGUGAAAAUUGCUUUGGAAGAAAAGGGUGUUGCAUACGAAAGCCAGGCUGAGGAUUUGUUUGGAGGCAAGAGUGAACUUCUACUUACAUCAAACCCCCAUGGCAAGGUGCCUGUGUUGCUCCACAAUGGGAAACCUGUGUCCGAGUCCGCCAUCAUAGUUGCCUACAUCGAUGAAUCCUGGUCUUCCUCACCAUUGCUCCCACCUUGUGCCUACGGUCGAGCUCAAGCAAGGUUUUGGGCUGACUACAUUGACAAAAAGGUGUUUGAUGCGGGCAAAGCCAUCUUCAUGAGCAAAGGAGAAGCAGUAGAGGUUGGUAAGAAGGACUUCAUUGAGAUUAUAAAGACUCUAGAGAAGGCUUUGGGAGAUAAGGAUUUCUUUAAUGGUGAUACCUUCGGUUUCGUCGACAUCAUAGGCAUUGCCAUGACGAGUUGGUUUCCUGCUUAUGAGAAGUUCGGGAGCUUCAAGCUUGAAGAUCAUUGCCCCAAAUUCUCAGCUUGGAUCAAGAGGAGCUGGCAGAGGGAGAGUGUAGCCAAGGUCAUUCCAGAGGCAGAGAAGGUCAUUGAAUUUGUGACCAUGUUUAGGAAGAUGAUGGGAGCCGAAGAUUGAUCGAAAGGCUUGGUUCUUUCAACACUAGCUGGCUAGUGGCUAGUACGUACCAUCACUACUGUGUCUACUUCAUCAACUUCUGUUCUUCGUCUACUUUUUCUCCCCGUGUACUUCUCUUUUUUUUUUAAACAAUUUUCUCUUCCAGUACCUGUUUUUAUCUUUUUAACAGCUCCCUACGUACGGGAAUAAGAAUAAGGGAACAAUAAUCGUUUUCCUUGAUCUU